AUGUUGCCUUCUGGCAAGAGCCCUCUGUAUUUGGCUUGUGAGACAGGGGCUUCUAAUAGUAUCAUAAAAGUGCUACUGCUAGGCGGAGCGAAGGUCGAUACAUGCACUUGCUCUGGUCGCAAUGCUCUGUUUGCAGCGGUAGAGAAGGGCUACUUCUCAGCUGUUGAAACGCUGUGUAGUACUGCAAGGUGCGUUAAUUUGAGGCAUAUUACGCAGAGGACCAAUGGAGGAGUAUCUCCCUUUAUGCUGGCUGAAAACAAAGGCAGGCUUCAGAUGAUGUUGGCUAUGCUCGAGGCUUACGCUAGGGAAGCUCGUAUAUCUAUCGAUAUGUUUGGUAGUGAUAGCACUGGUGACUCCAUGACCAAACUGGCUUUCACUGUCACCCACCCCUACCUCAACAAGAUGUGCCAUAAGUAUCGUGCUAAGCUAGCGGCACGCACUGAUGCAAGACUUGGUCGUCAGGCCCCAUUCGGCAGCGCCAAGACUCAGACCCAGGCCGGUGACACCUAG